AAGAAAAAACUUGGAUGGGGUCAGAGGAAGGUGUGGCAGAAAAUUCCAAAGGCGGAUAGGGAAAGAAUUGAAAAACACUACUUAAGUACUCAACCUCGUGAUAUCUUUUGGGCAGGACUCAAUAGUGAGAAAGUGACAAACCAUGAUCUCAAAGAUAUUGUAUGGGACCUGGAACUGUCACAAAACGUUAUUGAGGCCUAUAUCCAAAUAGAGGAGGAUAAAAUAGAGCCCAUGCAGACAGAGAGUCCACAAUACAUGUCCACAUGGACUUGGGCUUACAUGCAAAGCUUCCAAGAGCCAUUUUGGCACAGGGCCCUGUAUGAACACUUACUUGAAAAACUCGGGAAAUGCAGUGUUCUUUUCUUCCCGAUUAUUUCAAAAGAAGAGUUCCACUUCACACUUCUCACAUUUCACAAAAAUGAACGAAAGUGGAGACACUACAAUCCACUUAGAUCGUUGGGACAUAGAAAAGAAGAAAGGUGCAUUGACAUGGCUCGAAACUUUAUUGGAUUGCGGCAUGUUCGUCAUGUUCUAUAUGGAUAAAAUAGCCCAAGGACAGCCCAUUCCAAAAAGCGUGGACAAGAAAUUCAUGAAUGAAUAUCGAGCACAAUAUGUCACAAAACUCCUACACCACAAAAACUGUGUAAUUAAUCGUCUCUAGUGAUUUGCCUUUCGUUAACUCAA